CGAGACUUUUAGUCGUCGUCGACGUCGUCGUCCUCCUCCUCCUCCUUCUCGUCGUUUUGGUGGUUGUUGUUGUUCGUCCAGUCCAGAGCAGUACUCGUAGUCGUACUUACAUUAAUUGCUCGCAGGUAUCAGUGCUGUUUGCAUCAGUCAGUGAGACCAAGCCGUAAAAAAUCUUCCUCCCCAGUCAGAUCUCUGAUCUCUCGAGAAGACAAAGAAUUUGCCAUUUUCAUCCUCCUUUAAUCACUCAGAUAUAAGAUCAAACGGGAGAAAACGAUCUCCCUUUUCAUGGUUUGGAACCAGAUUUCCACCACUUUCUUCUCUGUGACCGUGGUGUUGGUGUUCGUUCGUUAGUCGUCACGACGGUGGUGGUGGUGCUGGAACGACCGUGGGAAUGCUGCCCUACUUGUUCGGGACACUCGUCCUAAUCCUUACUUGCACGCCGCUGGCCAACUCCAAGUACUCGGAACCAUGUGUUGCGGAUCGGUUGACGGUUUAUCGCGUCGUUAUGAACACCUACUGGUCCAAGAAGGACUUUCCAAAACAUUAUCCAAUGUUUCGACCAAGUGCCCAGUUCUCCAAGCUGAUUGGUCGCUCCCACGACGAGUCUUUCCUCCUCUUUGAACUUAACCGAACUGCGUCGGAGGGUGUCAGGAUCUUUGCAGAAACCGGAGCGUCCGACGUGCUGGACCAACUUUCUCAAGGAGAGGGAGGGAUUUAUGAUGAAUUUAUUGCCCCGUCAGUCCUACACGGAGUUGGAAGCACUCAUGCCGAGUUCUUCGUGGACGGAAAUCACUCAAGGGUCUCGUUGAUCUCCCGGAUUGUGCCAUCACCCGACUGGUUCGUGGGAAUCAGUAGUUACGACCUAUGCUCGAAUGGACGCUGGGUGGACAGUGUCAUGAUUGAGGUUGAUCCAUUAGAUGCUGGAAGCGACAACGGGUUAACAUUCACGAGUCCAAACUGGCCGACGGAUCCCCGUGUCCCGGUACGAAGACUGACUCCAAGACAUCCCAACCACCAAGCGAGCUCCUUCUUCUACCCUGACAGAGAAACAUUGCCACCCAUCGCAACUUUCCAGUUUCACAAGGUGAAGGAGUACGCUCUGAGUGAGGUUUUCCAUCACCCCGAAUCAGAGAUUUUGAACAAUGAUGUGACCGAUCCGGAGAGCCGUCCGAGAGAAACCAAUUUAAAAAGUGCUUCAGCCUCUUCAUCAUUGUCAAAUGGGGCAAAAAAAGAAGAGUCCAACAGCAUCAUAGACUAUGUCCCGUUCCCAGAAAACAGAAAGAGCAGCAGCUCCAGCUCCACCAGCUCUCGAGAUAAGAAACGUAAACUAAAGAAGUUCCGCCCUCCAAAAGACUGCCAAGUUACGGAGUGGUCUUCAUGGACGCCUUGCAGCAAAGUUUGCGGUCUCGGCGAAAUGACCCGAUCCAGAGGAAUUCUGACUCAUGCGAGACGCGGUGGGAAUGUGUGCCCUCCUCUCAAACAGGCCAAAUGGUGCGGCUCGGCGAGAUCAUGCUCUUCUCGGAACUACUUCAACUGGGCUAAUCGGUGGUAGGCAGGCCCCCCUCGUGCAUGGACUGGAUGGAUGGAUGGCAACCUUUCCUGGGUCAGAGUCAACUACGGGCGAUUCUAGUAUUUAUCAUUUCGACAACACCACCACCACCACCACCAUCGUCCACUCCACACCACGCCACCAUUUAUACGCACGGAUGAAUAGAAUAUUAUUAAAUAUAUUAUAAUACAUUAUAAAUUUUAUGUGUGAUUUCCAAAAAAAAACGCUCAAGAGGCUUUCUUUUCUGUCUCGGUGCCUCCUUUCAUUCGUGGAGGGAAAGAAUGGACCGAGACGGUGACGAUCAGUGGCUGCGGAAGGUGUGGGGACAUUAUUAAUAACAUUGUAGGAUAGGGGAGGGCAAUAGCAUGGACAGAUAAUGGGGACAUUGUCCCUCUGUCCCCCCACUUCCGCGGCCACUGAUGACAAUUACGAUGAUAGGACACAAUAUAUACGAGUCAAUUUACAUUACACAGCCGCCACUACCAACCAACCACCAAACGGUGUUGAAUCCAUAAUUAUUAAACAAUCCAUAAAUAACAAACACAAGUAUUAUGAAAUAUCUAUUUACCAGUCGAAAAAUAACUGCCCCACAAACAAUUCCACCCUAAAUUACACACUGCCGAUGAUAAAUACGAGUAAAUUACCGCACGUGGAAUAAUCUUUAUAUGCAAAUUUAUACUAUUAUGUAUACCCACUAACCCCAUCCUCCUUUCCCUUUUCAAGGAGAUGAUGAAUGAAUGCAUGAGUGCCGCCUUGUUUGGAAAGAAUGAAAUAUGUUGCUACCGAUAAAACUAAUUGAAAAAUAAUAAAGAUAAAUUCAAAAAGAUUUAUUGUCUCAAAAUA